AUGACCUCUUCUAAAUACUUUGGCCUUCAAGGUCACCUCCUAAGCAGAUUGCAGACGGCUCUUAUCGUCGCUCCGUCCUUCAUCUUGUUUGGGUACAAUCAGGCCGGUAUUGGCGGUCUAAUCACCCAGAACGAUUGGGUUAAAACGUUCCCUGAGAUCGACACUGUCCACGCCGUCGGCUCCGAGAAAAGCGAGAAGUCGACACUGCAGGGUUUCGUCGUAGCUGUCUUCGUUAUUGGUGCCCUCUUCGGUGCGCUCUCGUGCUCGUACACGGGUGAUCGAUUUGGCCGCCGCAAUGUUAUCUUCUUCGCUGGUCUGUGCACCUUAAUCGGUGAGAUCCUCGAGGCGUCUUCCUUUGGUCUACCGCAAUUUAUUGUUGGUAGAGUUAUCGUAGGUCUCGGAGUUGGACAGCUAAGUUCCCUCGUCCCCGUAUGGCAGAGCGAAACUGCCGGUGCGAAGAACCGUGGUCGCCACGUCGUGCUAGACGGGCUCUUCAUUUGCCUCGGUUAUGUCCUCGAGUCCUGGAUUAACCUGGGCUUCUUCGAAUUGAAAACUGGGCCCGUCACCUGGCGCCCACCCAUCGCCAUCGCGUGCGUCUUUUCGCUAGUCCUCAUAUGCUCUAUUUAUAUGUUCCCAGAGUCGCCGCGCUGGCUUCUCAUGACGAACAAGAGCGAAUUGGCCCGCGAGAACCUCGCUAUCCUCCGGGGCCUUCCGCAGGAUGCGCCCGAGGUCAGUGCCGAGAUUGAGGGUAUUGAACUUUCUCUCGAGCUCUCGGCCGACGGCGGCGCUAAGCUAAGCCAAAUAUUCAAGAUGGGCGAAGACAAGCUAGCAUACCGAUUUGGACUUUGUAUCCUCUUGCAGUUUUACCAGCAGAUGUCUGGAAGCAAUCUUAUCAGCGUAUACGCGCCGAUCCUCUUUCAGGAGAAUCUUGGCUUGAGCAGCGAGAUGUCCCGUAUCCUUUCUGCCGGUGCCUUGACUUGGAAGUUCCUGUCGUCGUUUUUGGCCUUCAUAGCCAUCGAUCGCUUCGGGCGACGCGCUGUUUUCAUCACUAGCGGCGCUGGCAUGUCGUGCUGCAUGAUAGCACUCGCGGUUGCAACAUCGUUCCCCACGUCAAACAGAGCCUCGCAGAUCGCCGCAGGCUGCUUUAUUUAUCUGUACAACACGUUCGUCCCCAUCGGGUUCCUUGGCGCCAAUUUCUUGUACUGCACCGAAGUCGCCCCACUCCGGCUGCGCAUGGCCAUGAGCUCGAUCUCGACAGCCAACCAUUGGGCCUGUCGCCAUGGUCACCCCGUCGCCAUCUACAGCAUCGGCUGGCAGUACUAUAUUGUAUUUGCUGUCAUCGCUGCUUGCGUGCCCGUCUCCGUCUACUUCCUAUUCCCCGAGACCAUGGGCCGUAGCCUUGAGGAGAUUGACCUCAUGUUCAAGGACUCGCCGUCCGCGUUGGCGACCGUUCGGUAUGAGAAGCAGCUACGCCGUGCCGGUUCGCCGACGUCGUCGCUUACGGAGAAGAACAAGCUUGACCACUCUGAAGGCUAG